UAUUUCGGUUAUCUUAAAUUAUCUAUGUAGGCUACCUCAUGUCUGCUUAAAUUGAACAGAUGAAGAAAGUGUGAUAUUAAGAAGAUAUACACCAUAAAAAUAAAUUAUUUAAUGAGGGUUUUAUUAAACGAUAAUCCGCUGUGGACGUGUUGCAAUAAUUGUGUAAAAGAUCUGACUGGUUUUAUAUUGAUGUUUGAUACUUGGAGAUUUAUACUUGUACAAUAAGAACCUCAAUAUGGAAUCUAAAAACUUACGCGGCAUUUUCUUUUGUGCAUUGAUAUUACUAUUAAUCUCGGUAUAUCAAAGCGAUGGGCAUACUUUAAUAAGAACUCGGCGCAAUGCAUUCCAAAUGUGUAACCUCAUAAAUAAAUACACGGGAAUCUCGUGCUUUAACUAUAACCCAUAUGGAUGUUUCUGCGGUUACGGACAACGUGGCUCAAAUCCAGUCGACGCGGUCGAUAGGUGCUGUAAGGUACAUGACGACUGCUACGGUGAAGCUCAUACCAAGAACCACUGUUAUUUCUGGAGCGGUAUGUUCGUUGGCUACAAAGUGGACUGUGAGGAUGAUUGUGAAUGUCCAGAUCAAGAAAAGUGUGCCCGUAAAGUGUGUGAAUGUGACGUUAAAUUAGCACAGUGUUUAGGCGAGUCCUCAUUUAACGCUACAUUUAAAAACUACGAUAGAAGCCAAUGUUUUUGAACGUAAUUAAACAUAUAAGCUAUUUAUGAGAUUAAAGACUUCAACAGGUGUUUCUAUGGAUACGUGCGUCAAGUGACACUUAGAGAAGAAUGCAAAAAUAGCCAGUGCUAUAUUUGUGUUAUAUACGUUUUCUUUUUUCUCUCUCUUUGUAUUUUUCUAAAAAAGAAAAAAAAACAGCUAUGUGCCAAAUGUUGAAAAAAUAAAGAAGCAAUAACAUUAACAACAACAACAACAACAACAGCAACAACAACAAAUAAACAACUAAAUAAAUGUAAAAAUACAAUAAGCUGUUAACGAAUAGUAUUUGAACCGGCUGACUAUAUGUGUGUCAUGUUAUAUCAUAAAAAUUAAGGGUCAUGUGAAUGGAAAUAAACCGCACAGACAUGCUUGAUGGACACACAACUGUGAUCAUGUCUCGAUCAGUGCAGUUACGUGCCGAUAGCCUACCAGCUGAUAAUCGUCUGCUCAAAGUCCACGAACGAUAAUCAUAUCAAUGCGGUAUAUAAAAUACGAUUAGAGUAAAAUACCUUGUUUGUUUUUUGUAUAUCUAUAUUUGAACAAUUUGCAAUAAACGUUAUAUAAUAAUCCAGUGCAGCUGAAAA